UGUAAAUGAAAGACAGGAUACACACCUAUCAUAACUGUCGCAGAAUAUUUAACUUGGAGGUAAAUACACUUUAUAUAUCAUUUUCAUUAAAAAUUGAAUAUUGAAACCGGCUCUUACUUUGUGCUCGCACUAAGCUUGUUCUUGGUAUAAAAUGAAACGGAUCGAGCCAUCGAACGACCGGCGUUUUAGGCGGUAAAGUAAAGCUACCAACUUCAUGAAUGGAAUAUAUCGCUUAUAUACUCGUGUAGCUCGCGAUAAAUAAUAUUCAUAAACGUGUAAUAAUACAAUAGCGCUUCAUAGUCACGUUGUACGUAAAUCCUCUAUUUAAGUAAAUGGCGACAGCGAUCAAAGAACGUACAAUUCCUGCUAUGGACACACUGGUCAAGUAUGAUACUCCAGUUUCGAUUACGACUCAUCCAGAGAAGGUACGUAAGGAACCAGCGAAAAUUGGUAUAACUGCUUGCAAAAUUCAAACAGCUCCAGCUGAUGCACGACGAGAAACCAUCGAAAUUUUAAAUAGAAUUUUACCGCCGAAAGAAUGGGAGGAGGAUGACCAGAUAUGGACUCAGCGUGUAUCGAGUACUCCUGCAACGAGACUAGAUGUGAUAAAUUUACAAGAGCAACUUGAUAUGCGAUUGCAACAAAGACAGGCCAGAGAAACUGGUAUUUGUCCUGUUCGUAGGCAGCUCUAUACACAAUGUUUCGAUGAAUUAAUACGACAAGUAACUGUGAACUGCGCCGAACGUGGAUUACUUUUAUUGCGAGUACGGGACGAAAUCAAAAUGACAUUAGCUGCAUAUCAGACAUUGUAUCAAAGUAGUAUCGCUUUCGGGAUGCGUAAAGCACUGCAAGCCGAGCAAGGCAAAGAAAAUUUGAUUAAUACAGCCGAGGAAUUGAAAUUACAAAAAAUUGAACUGGAGAGAACAGUUGCGGAAUUACGACUCAAGUAUGAUCAAUCUGAGAAAAGAUCGGCUGAAUUAAGGGAAGCGGAGGAAAAAAAACAUAUGGAGGAAGUGCAAUUCCUUAAAAAAACAAAUAUGCAAUUAAAGACUCAAUUGGAAGGUAUAAUAGCAUCAAAAAAGUAACUGCACAUAAAAUUUUCAUUAAAAAUAAUUUAUGGUGUUUACAAUAUAUAUUAUCCAGAGAAUUACGUAUGUGUAGUUCUUUUGUGCAGUUGAUGAUAAUUAAUAAACUUUAACGUAACAUAGUAUAACUAUUAAACAGGAAUGAAGAUACACGAGAUCUCAAUAA